UCAUCGUAGAUUGGGUUCGUUUGCAUAUCCGAAAAGAAUGUUCAAACUACUCGGCCUUUUGCUCUGCUGUUGGGCGUCGCUGAGCGCCGGUCGUUUGACGACCAGUGGCCGCGAUAUUUACUACAACGGCCAGAAGGUCUUCCUGUCGGGUGCCAACAUCGCAUGGAACUCUUACGGUUACGAUUUCGGCAAUGGCCAAUACACUGCCAACUCUAAAUCGACUUUGGAAACUUGGCUCACGCAGAUCUCCACUAACGGCGGCAAUUCAAUUCGUAUCUGGUUGCAUGUGGAAGGUGCAAACACACCUGCAUUCGAUAGCAACGGUAUGGUUACGGGUCCCGAUAGUACAGGCACCAUGAUCAACGAUAUGCGUUCGUUCCUUGAUUUUGCACAAUCUAAGGACAUUUUAGUGAUCUUCGUCCUGUGGAACGGAGCUUACCUGAGAGAACAACACACCAUUGAUCUGUUUUGGGACGAUGUUAAACUCCAGAGUUACAUUGAUAACGCACUAAAGCCUAUGGUAAGCGCAUUGGGCGAUCAUCCUGCUCUUGCUGCUUGGGAAAUCAUCAACGAACCGGAAGGAUCCCUUUUCAAUAAUCAAGCCAACGGUAAUCCCUGCUUCGAUACGACACCAUUGAGAAACACCGGUGCUGGCUGGACUAAUCUCUAUAUUCCUAUGCAAAAUAUUUUGAAGUUUAUCAACUGGCAAGCCGAUGGUGUGAAACAAGCCAAUAGUGCUGCGCUAGUCACGUUGGGUUCUUGGUCGGAACAUGCCCAGACAGACACCAAGAGUCAAUCAAGAAACUAUUACACUGAUUCUUGUUUGGUGGCUGGCGGUGGCAGAGCGAAUGGCAAACUGGAUUUCUAUCAGAUGCACACCUACUCCUACAACGGGCAAUGGAAUGCCGACGCUCCAUUCAAAGUAUCUGGAACUUCCUAUGGACUUGACAAGCCUUUGGUUAUUGGAGAAUUUGCUUCGGUCUGCGCCCAAAAUGAAGGAAUUCAGAAUUUGUUCCAGUACGCUUAUGACAACAGUUACCAGGGCGUGUGGUCGUGGCAAUACAACGCUGGAGGAGAAUGCUCCGACACUCAAGCGACGCAAAAUAGUGGCAUGAACAAAUUGAAAGGCCAAAACGGUGCCGCAGGUGCUGUCACUUUCCCUGUCGGAUUCUAGGUGAAACAACAUUUAAUAUUCUGAUUUCAAAAGUAGAAAUUUCAUCUUCUUUAUGACAAUUACUUCCAAACAAAGGUUCUAAUGUUACUAUUCAAACUUGACCUUUUUCCGAGAAUAAAAAAUUGCUCAUUGGUUUGCACAUUA